AAGCAUCUAGAGGAUUUCAAACUAGUAUUAUAUUCGCUACAAACAGUCCCGGCAGUGGUCCCGUCUAUUGAUUAGACAAGCCUUUGUGCUGUGAUUUGUGUAAAUUACAAAAUGUUCAAAUCGGUGGUUCUUAUUACCUUUGCGGUGUUGCUGAUGGUGUGCUCGAUCAGAGCCAAGCCUCAAGUGCUCGUCGACUAUGGAUACUAUGCGCCAGCGGCAUAUGUCUCGUCCUACAGUGCACCCCUAGCCUACACUUAUCCCUACGCUUAUGCCUACUCAUACCCGUAUUAUUAUUAAAAAAACCGUUUGAAGAUUUUUACACUGUAAACACAAAAAAAAAUGUCUAAUGGAACUUAACUUAUCGUCAGUAUUAUCUUAUUUCUGUUUAAAUAUUUCCUUGAUUAAUAAAAAUCAUAUUUAAAUGUAUUUACUAUGUACAAUGAAAAUCUUGAAAAAUGUGAUUUUUAAGCCAAUAAAUUAUUAAUAAAAAAAAAAAUCUGA